AUGUCUGUGGUUCCGAAUGGUAAUCCCCUGCGCUCAGCCAAUCAUCCGAUCUCACAUCAUGAGAUCUUAAACAAACUGCACCGUGAGCUCAGCCAGGGAGAGGGAGAGCAGUCGUUGGAGUGGGAGCUGGUGGACAUUGCCGUCGCUGAACGGAUUGGGCAAAAGCUUGAUCGUACAUUGGAGAACCGGAACAUUAGAUUCACGUUUGACGCCUGUACCAAGACCUUGCGCCUGGUGACCAUGGUCUCAGAUAUACAUGAGUGCCAUAUCCCUUGGCUCUCUUUCUCGUUUGGGGAACUUCGGGCCAACGGCCUUCUUACGACGCCUGAAUUUCGAUCGAUCUCUAUCCAUUCUAUCGACCGGCCUAACCUAAAGUUAAUAGGAUUCACUGGCUUUCUUGGCCAGUACACCUCGUCACGCAAGGAGCCCGAUGCGCAUAUCAUACCACUCUCACUCGAUAUGCCCACGGUUGUCGUUGAAAGUGGUUGGAGCGAGAGUCGGGCACAGCUUCAGAGAGAUCGUGACUUGUGGCUGAUCGGCGGACGUGUCAAUGUCGUGAUUGUUAUCAAAUGGGUAAAGAACAGUUCCAACGAAGUAGCUGGAGACAUUGCUGUAUUUGACCUCGACUCCCAAGGUGCUGUGCGCUGCCUUCAACAACAGAUAAUUUUCCCAGAGCCGCCGCCAAGCAUCGCCGAUGCGCAGCAGAUCCGCCUCACUCGUGGCCAAAUCUUCGGAUCUUCCCUCCCCCCUGGGCAAAAUGCCGCGCAGAUCCUACCCUUGGAGCUCAGCGAGCUUCGAUACCAGGCAAGAGCCUCUCUGCGUCGAAUGGGCCUCACCCCACAAGGUAAUGUAGGGCGAGAAGAAUGA